GCUUGUCUCAUAUACUGUAUAGGGAGUGAAAUGAUAGCUUAGAACUGCUGGUCGCUGCGGAAUAUUCCUCAAAUAACAAAGGAACUUCAAGAUUUGUGUCCAAGUCCACGUUCACAUUGAUGGUUGGGAUAAACCGGAAGAACAUUAAACCACUCAGAAGAUGUGUGGCGGCACAGCAAAAACCACAAACUGGCCAGGAGGCUGGCAAGAUUCGGCCAGAUGUGUGAGUGGUGUCGUCUCUGGUGCUGGGAGAAUUUACAAGACGCUUUUAUGCACAAAGAUUCGAAAAUGUGCUGGGGUUGGAAGGGGUUCUGAUCACACGGAACCAGAUGACAGUUGGUCAUGUUCAGAGUUUGACUUGAGUGACAUUCGCCUGAUAGUUUACCAGGACUGUGAGAGGAGAGGCAGACAAGUGUUGUUUGAUUCUAAAGCUGUUCAAAAGAUUGAAGAGAUGGCAACUCAGAAAACAGAGGAUGUCCCUGUGAAAACAUCAGCCAAGUGCUGCCAAGGAAGUAGCAGCAGCAGCAGCAGCAGCAGCAGCAGCAUCUCUUCCCAUAGUUCUUCUGGAGGAUCUUUACAACACACCAAGGAGCAGCUUCCAAAGUACCAGUACACAAGACCAGCUUCCGAUGUCAACAUGCUAGGGGAAAUGAUGUUUGGGUCAGUCGCAAUGAGUUAUAAAGGCUCCACCUUAAAGAUACACUAUAUACGUUCUCCUCCACAACUGAUGAUUAGUAAAGUUUUCUCUGCUAGAAUGGGCAGCUUCUGUGGAAGUACAAAUAACUUGCAAGACAGCUUUGAGUACAUCAACCAAGAUCCUCAUGCAGGAAAACCGAACACGAAUCAGCAUAGUUUGGGUCCUGGUCGUGCCGGAAGUAACCUAGCACACAGCACCCCAGUUGAUAUGCCAAGCAGAGGACAGAAUGAAGACAGGGACAGUGGCAUUGCUCGAUCAGCCUCACUAAGCAGCCUUUUGAUCACACCUUUCCCAUCGCCAAGCUCCUCUACAUCUUCUUCCAGCAGUUAUCAGCGCCGUUGGCUUCGAAGUCAGACGACAAGUUUAGAGAAUGGCAUCUUUCCAAGGAGGUCCACUGAUGAGACAUUUAGCUUGGCUGAAGAAACCUGUAGUUCUAAUCCAGCCAUAGUUAGGAGGAAGAAAAUUGCCAUAAGCAUCAUCUUUUCCCUGUGUGAGAAAGAAGAAGCGCAACGGAAUUUCCAGGACUUCUUUUUUUCUCAUUUCCCCCUCUUUGAAUCUCACAUGAACAGGCUAAAGAGUGCAAUUGAAAAGGCCAUGAUCUCCUGUAGGAAGAUUGCAGAGUCAAGCCUCCGUGUCCAGUUUUACAUCAGCCGUCUGAUGGAAGCUCUGGGAGAAUUCAGAGGGACUAUCUGGAAUUUAUAUUCUGUUCCAAGGAUAGCUGAACCAGUAUGGCUUACUAUGAUGUCAAACACUUUGGAAAAAAACCAGCUCUGCCAGCGCUUUCUCAAGGAGUUUACACUUCUGAUAGAACAAAUCAACAAAAAUCAGUUUUUUGCUGCCUUACUGACUGCAGUGUUAACCUACCACCUGGCUUGGGUACCAACUGUCAUGCCUGUUGAUCACCCUCCCAUUAAGGCCUUCUCAGAGAAACGUACCUCUCAAUCCGUGAACAUGCUGGCCAAAACACAUCCGUACAAUCCUCUCUGGGCACAGCUGGGUGACCUUUAUGGAGCUAUAGGCUCUCCAGUAAGACUGACUCGCACCGUGGUGGUAGGGAAGCAGAAGGAUUUGGUCCAGCGCAUUCUUUAUGUCCUGACCUACUUUCUCCGUUGCUCUGAGCUGCAAGAGAACCAGCUGACCUGGAGUGGGAAUCACAGUGAAGGUGACCAAGUUAUAAAUGGGAGCAAGAUUGUAACAGCCUUGGAGAAAGGAGAGGUGGAGGAGUCCGAGUAUGUGGUAGUGACAGUGAGAAAUGAGCCUGCUCUGGUACCCCCCAUCCUACCAACAGCAAUGACUGAGAGAAGGAGCCCUGGGCCCACAGGGUUAGCUGGGACUCCAGAGGGCACUGACAUUAGAGACCUGGAUCCCAGACCUGACAAAGAAGGAAAGAAGAGGCCAGACCAGGGAUCUGAGGCUCAUAGCAUGGGGUUCCAAGAGCCAGAAUUAGACAGUUCUUGGAAACCUCAUCCCCUUUGUGGGGAUGAAGGAAGUGAAAAAGAGGCACCAUAUGAUGUCCCUUCGAGGUUUCCUAGGUGUGCCAUUCCAGGGGCAGAAAAGAAGAUCAGCCGGCCAGCUGCCAACGAGGAGCUGAAAGAGGAGAUAACUAAGAAGCUACCUGAACGGUCAGCAGCCUGGCCUUGCCCUUGUCCUGACAGACAUUCCCGAGAGAACUCUCCAGUAGAAAAGGUCACUUUCCAAAUUGGAAGCUCCCUAUCUCCAGAGUCUGACUUUGAAAGCCGCACCAAAAAAAUGGAGGAGCGGCUGAAGGCCUGUGGACAAUACCCAGAAGUGGCCGGUAUCUCAGCCGAGUCCAGUGUGGCUGCUGACAUGGCUGAGAGCCAGCAGGUUUCUAGGUGCUCCUUCAAGCCUGGCUUUCAAAAGAAUGUCUGCUGUCCUCAGAAUCGAUCUUCUGACGGAGAGGAAGGUGAAUCUGACAGAGGUUUUGCUGAGGACAGAGGUAUCAGACCUGACGUGGCAGCAGAUGCUGGGCAGCUCAGCCAAGCUGUUCCCACUGACAGUGCGGCGGGAACUGGAAGGAGAACACUGGAGACAACUAGAGGUUUGUAUUUGAAAGAUGUGGAAGGACCUUCAUUAGAACCUGCCCCCGACAGGUGUGUCCAGCAGGUCUCUGGCUUCUUGGUUGCUGCAGAUGUCCCCUGUGGGGAUGCCGAUAGGAAGGCUGACUUCAGGAUCGAAGGAGACAUUCCCAGAAAUGAAAGCUCCGAUAGCGCUCUUGGAGACAGUGACGAUGAAGCAUGUGCUUCAGCCACAUUGGAUCUAAAUCACAGUGGUGACAGGACUGAAGGGACCUUAGAAGUGGAGCUGCCUCUGCCAAGGUCUCAAAGCAUCAGCAACCCAAAUGUAAGAAACUUUGGCCGCUCUCUCCUGGCGGGUUACUGCCCCUCAUACAUGCCUGAUCUGGUGCUUCAUGGGACCAGCAGUGAUGAGAAGCUGAAGCAGUGCCUGGUGGCUGAUCUUAUCCACACAGUGCAUCAUCCAGUGCUCGAUGAGCCAAUAGCUGAAGCUGUCUGUAUCAUCGCAGACACAGACAAGUGGAGUGUCCAGGUGGCCACAAGUCAGAGGAAAGUGAUGGAUAACAUGAAGCUGGGCCAGGAUGUCUUGGUCUCUAGUCAGGUGUCCAGUUUACUUCAGUCUAUCUUACAGCUUUACAAGCUUCACCUCCCUGCUGAUUUUUGCAUCAUGCAUCUUGAGGACAGACUGCAGGAGAUGUAUCUUAAAAGCAAAAUGCUGUCUGAGUAUCUUCGGGGACAUACACGAGUCCACGUGAAGGAAUUAGGUGUUGUGCUGGGGAUUGAAUCUAACGACCUGCCGCUGCUGACUGCUGUUGCCAGUACUCAUUCUCCUUACGUGGCUCAAAUACUCCUAUAAGCUGAAG